UUUUCGUGCUAUAGAUUUGGAUUUAUUUAUUUUUUUAAUUUUCUCCGCCAACAGAAGAUUAAAACAAUGGAAAAUGAAUAUUAUUUUUUUGAUUGAUGACAUGUAAAUUGACGAUUUACGGUACACUUUGGAGGGAUGAUGUCCUUAACGCAUAUCUAAAAAUAGUUUCAAGAAGUAGAAUGAAGUAGUAAUCUAAAAAAAAGUAUGUUGAAAUUACAUUGUAUAUUAAGUCGCACUGUAGACGAGCGGCUCGCAUCAAACAUCUUCACAGGAAAUUCAGAGGAAAUAACAUUUUUUCAUCAGAGGAUCAAAAGGGGCUGACACAACAUGACUUUUAUCAAAUUCUCUCUGUUGGCUGUAGUUUUAAUGUUGGCAGUCUGUUCUAUUCCAGUACAAGGUCAGACAUGCAAAGACACAGAAUUCAAAUGUAAAUCUGGUUCAUGUAUACCAAAUACCUGGCGUUGUGAUGGUGACGCUGACUGUGUUGAUGGAUCCGAUGAAGAUGUGAACAUUUGCAGCAGUCCGACAACAUGCAAAGAUGUUGAAUUCAAAUGUGGAUCUGGCAAAUGUGUACCAAAGCAAUGGACGUGUGAUGGUGAAAAUGACUGUCCUGAUGGAUCUGAUGAAGAUGUGAACAUUUGUAGCCGUCAGACAACAUGCAAAGCUAUUGAAUUUAGAUGUGGAUCUGGUCAAUGUGUACCAAAUACAUGGAGUUGUGAUGGUGAAAAAGACUGUCCUGAUGGAUCCGAUGAAGAUGCUAAUAUUUGCAACCCUGAGAGCAGAUGUGAGGACACUCAAUUCAAGUGCAAUUCAAGUGGUUCCUGUGUGUCAAUGAAUCGGACUUGUGACGGUCAGAAAGACUGCCCCGAUGGAUCGGAUGAAGUAGCUGAUAUUUGUGCGGAGAGCAGAUGUGAGGACACUCAAUUCAAGUGCAAUUCAAGUGGUUCCUGUGUGUCAAUGAAUCGGACUUGUGACGGUCAGAAAGACUGCCCUGAUGGAUCGGACGAAGUAGCUGAUAUUUGUGCGGAGAGCAGAUGUGAGGACACUCAACUCAAGUGCAAUUCAAGUGGUUCCUGUGUGUCAAUGAAUCGGACUUGUGACGGUCAGAAAGACUGUCCUGAUGGAUCGGACGAAGUAGCUGAUAUUUGUGCGGAGAGCAGAUGUGAGGACACUCAAUUCAAGUGCAAUUCAAGUGGUUCCUGUGUGUCAAUGAAUCGGACUUGUGACGGUCAGAAAGACUGCCCUGAUGGAUCGGACGAAGUAGCUGAUAUUUGUGCGGAGAGCAGAUGUGAGGACACUCAAUUCAAGUGCAAUUCAAGUGGUUCCUGUGUGUCAAUGAAUCGGACUUGUGACGGUCAGAAAGACUGUCCUGAUGGAUCGGACGAAGUAGCUGAUAUUUGUGGAAUACUAAAUACAAUAUAUUGAAGAAAGAUAAAAACUUGGAUAAAGUAUAAUCACCUUCAUGAUUACAUAUGGCCUGUGUGUUUAUUGAAUGGAAGCCUUUCCGGUUCACAUACACGGACUCGUGCUCACUGGGGCCCAUGAUGCGGACGUGGGUACCAUCGAUAGCACCAAUCACACCAGGAAAUUUGGUUAUGGCAUAAAAGCCCUUCUUGAUGUUGGACUUCUCUCCUUCUGUGGAUGGCCACUUUACAAAACGUGAGACCAAAUCGGUCAGGGCUUGGGAUACAUCGUGGAUACUUCGAGAAACACUUGACUUGUGGAAACCCAGUGUAUCGCCUAUAGUUUUCAUGUUAUCACCUGUAGCGUAAUAUCGUAGAGCCAUCUCGACCUGACUGAGAACUGACAAGGAAUACGAGCGCAAUGUUGGACGACACAACUCGGGUUCUAGUAGAUCAAUGAUGAAAUGAACUGACUCUUUACUAAACCUAUACCUUUUUAUGUAUUCACUGUCAUUAAAAUCGUGAUUAAAAUGUCUGUAAACUCUUGUUUUCUU